AUGGCACCGGAUGUUGCAGUUCGUCCAAGCGAAGUACACGUUCCACGACCACUAAUUCCUCACCCUGGCCCUCCUCCCAGUACCACGACUAAUCGUAACCAUGCAAGAAUUAUUUGUGAAAUUGCUAACGCUCAAAAACUUGGUAAAUGGGAAGAAAGAUGCGAAACCUGGAUGCAUGAAAUAUAUGUACGAUGUGUAUUCGGUGUCAAGAUUUAUGACAUAACAACUUCACUAGGUACAGCACAGAGAGCAAUGAUAGCCAAGUUAUGGACGCGCCAAGCACUAGAAGGAAGUGUGUUAUCAACUAAUGCAACUUUGGCAACGGCAGGAGUGCGUGUUAAAACGUGGGAUUUCGGUACUAUGCAAUUCAAUACUCUCACACCUACUGCCUGCACUGGAGCAAAUCUUCCCACAUAUCAGGUCACUAUUCCGAUAUCGGAUGUUUUCUGGAACCCUCCCAUUGUUAACGGAAUUGUAAACGAAGCAGGAUAUACUCCAACAGUCCCUAAUGAAGUUGUUGAUAAUAAUUUUGUCAUAGAUUUAUAUGGAAUUCAACGAUGGGUUCAAAAUGCACAAAAAUAA